AUGUUUAAUUUUCAAUGGAAUGAUGUUCUUACUCCAUUAUAUAUUAGUUUAUGGCUAUUAGCUAUUGUUUAUGCUCAAAUAGGAGUUCAUAAGACAGAAAAAUUAAUUCCACAAAUACCAGAAUCAACAUUAUUAAUUUUACUUGGAUUUGCCGUUGGUUAUUUGCUUAAAACAUUUUUUGGUGGUAUUAUUCAUAUGCAUCCUGAUUUAUUUUUUUUAUACUUACUUCCUCCAAUUGUACUAGAAGCAGGUUAUUUUCUUCCAAAUAAAGCAUUUUUUGAAAAUAUUGGUACUAUUUGUAUUUAUGCCGUUGUUGGAACAUUAUGGAACAUCACAUCUAUUUGUGGUGUUCUUUAUCUUUUUUCUCCAUAUUUUUCAAUGGAAAUUCCUCUUAUUGACUUGAUGAUUUUUUCAACAAUUAUUUCAGCUGUAGAUCCGGUUGCAUUACUUGCCUUAUUUCAAGAAGUAAAAGUUAAUCAACUACUAUAUAUUGUAACAUUUGGUGAAAGUUUAUUAAAUGAUGCCGUUAUUAUUGUAUUGUAUCAUUCAUUAUCUACUAUGGCAAAAAUAGGUACUGACUAUUUGACAACUGUUGACAUUUUAAAAACACUUGUCUCAUUUUUUUCUAUUGCCGGAGGUGGAAUAUUAUUAGGUAUUGUUGGAGCAGCUAUUAGUGGAUUUUCAACAAGAAUGGCUCAUUCAAUAACAUCAACUCAACCAUUAAUAUGUUUUCUAGUUCCAUAUAUGGUUUAUUUAUUUUCAGAAUUAUUUCAUAUAAGUGGAAUUUUGGCAAUUGUUACAUGUAGUGUUCUAAUGAAACCAUAUAUAAAAGGAAACAUUUCUGAUGAAUCUAGGAUAACUGUAAAAUAUUUUAUAAAAACAGUCUCCUCAACCUGUGAAGCUAUUAUUUUUGCAUUUUUAGGAAUUUCAAUGUUAAAUGAAAAUCAUCAUUGGGAUUGGGUAUUUUGUGCUGUUACUGUAACAACAUGUUUAAUAACUCGAUUUAUUGGUACAUUUGCCUUAACAUAUUUAUGUAAUAAAUAUAGAAAAGAAAAAAUUUGUUUGGUAGAUCAAUUUAUUAUAUCAUAUGGUGGAUUCAGAGCAGCUAUUUGUUUAGGUCUUUGUUUAAUUAUUGAUCAAUCUGCUACAAAUGCUAAACAUUUAUUUUUAACAACAUCUGUAAUUGAAAUUUUUUUUACAUGUUUUGUACAGGCUGCAACAAUUAAACCAUUAGUACAAUUUCUUCAUGUAAAAUUAGAAGAGUCAAAGACAAAAAAUCUUGUUGAAUCAACAUUUCAUGAUGUUCAUGAAGAUUUAAUGGCAGGUUUAGAGGCAAUAGCAGGAGCUCAUGGAAGGCAUUCCUGGAGAAGGCGUAUGAGUGGUUUCAAUAGAGAAUAUGUAGCACCUUGUUUUACAGUCUACAAUAGUUCUAGAGGUGACCGUUUAGCAAGAACAUAUGAUGAAAUUAAAGAAAUAGAACAAAAAAAACUUAGAUUGUACUCAAUAAAAAAUGAAUCAACAAAAGAUGCACUUACUAAAAGCACUGAUAUAAUUGAAGACAACAAAUAA